AUGGACACUUUCAUUGCUCCCUGUCCCGAGGAUACCUUAUCUUCUACCCAGAAAAGCGGCCUUCUUUCUCACUGCGAUAUCUCAACACUUGGUGCUUUUCUAGCCGAAACGCCUUCUAGUUUGCCACUGUUCCAAGAAAUCUUAAAGCGGCUGUUGGCGAAUCUCCCUGCUGAUAAGCUGUCUGGGAUUGGUACAAUAUGCUCCCUGCUUGGAAAUCGAGCCGGCGUCAUCCCUCUCACUGGUGGAUUCACACUAUUUUGCGAACUGUCUCUUCAAGAUCGGACGCUGGUGUUGAAUUCUUGGAGGACGAGCUCUCUGGUCACCUUUCGCGUCCUAUUCAAACAACUUUCAAUCAUUGCCAAGCAUGUCUAUCUACGAUCAAGUUCUCUUUUCAACCAAGUCGUUGGCUUCCCAUCCACUCCUGCCGGAUGGCACCCGGUCGAGUCAUACCCGUUCGAGUUCAUGCAGUUCGACAACUCGGAUACCCAGUUCCAGAUAGACACCGAUGUUGUGAUUGUGGGCUCAGGGUGCGGUUCAGGUGUCGUCGCAAGAACUAUUGCCAUGGCUGGCUAUCGUGUCUUGGUCGUGGACAAGGGACAUCAUUACGAAACAUCAUCACUGCCUCUUGAACAAAGUGCAGGAUAUUUCCACCUCUUCGAGCAAGGAGGUUUAGUAUCUUCUGAAGAUGGAUCUAUUUCCACAUUGGCAGGGUCUUGCUUUGGUGGAGGCGGAACAGUCAACUGGAGCGCGUGCCUGCAACCUCCAAACACAGUCCGCGAUGAAUGGGCAGAAAAGCGAGGGCUUGGGUUCUUCCAAUCUUCCGAAUUCCAAGCCCGUCUUGACUCCGUCUGCGAGCGCAUGGGCGUCAAUAAUGAGCCUAUAAGUCAUAACCAUGGCAACUCAGUUUUGCUAGAAGGGGCGCGCAGACUUGGGUACAGCGCUAAACAGGUGCCCCAGAACACGGGCCACGGAGAGCACCAGGAUGGGUACUGUUCUCUAGGCUGCUGGAUGGGUCAGAAACAAGGCCCAGUCAACGGUUGGUUACCAGAUGCAGCCCGCCAUGGAGCCAAGUUCAUAUCAGGUCUCCAUGUCAACAAGGUUCUCUUCAACAAGCGUGGCCAGAAGGAAGUGGCCUGUGGUGUGAGUGGAACCUGGAGGCAAAAGGACGACUCCAAUGCCCCAGCCAAGUUGAUAACAAUCAACGCGAAAAGAGUUGUCAUUUCUGCUGGUAGUCUGUGUAGCCCUGUCAUCUUGAAGAACAGCGGGUUAAAGAACAAACAUAUCGGACGCAACCUUCAUCUCCAUCCAACAUCAUUUGUAACAGCAGUUUUUGAACAGGAUACACGGCCGUGGGAAGGCGGAAUUCUCACCUCUGUUGUUUCGAGCUUCGACAACCUUGACGGAAAUGGCCAUGGUGUGAGACUUGAGCGUCCCUCAAUGCUACCCUCUAUGUGUCUUACAUGGUUGAAUUGGACAUCAGGACCUGACUAUAAAGCACUCAUAACCAAGUACAGGCACAUGGAAGCAUAUAUUGCUAUUACUCGCGAUCGUGACAGCGGCCACAUCACAGUUGACCCUACUCUAGGUAUACCUAGAUUGGUCUAUACUCCAUCCAAGUUCGAUGCCAGUAAUAACUUCAAGGGAAUGCUUGCUUUGGCUAAAAUCCUUUAUAAUCAAGGUGCCUUGGAGAUUCAUCCCGUCCUUCCCGGAUUCGGGUCCUUCAUACGUGGUCAAGGAAGCUUGCCAACUGAUGGUUACAGCGCUUCCAGCGACACAGAUUUGGCGUUUUCACAAUGGCUGAAGCAAAUGGAAGCUCAUGGAAACAAGACACCAGACACACCCUAUGGCUCUGCUCAUCAGAUGGGCACAUGUCGAAUGAGCGCUAAGGAAGCCGAUGGUGUCGUGGAUGAAUUUGGCAGAGUUUGGGGCUAUGAGAACUUGAUUGUUGCGGAUGCCAGUGUGUUUCCUAGUGCUAGUGGUGUUAACCCUAUGGUUAGUACCAUGGCGAUCAGCGAACACAUUGCCUCGGCCAUGGUAAAAGACCUUGCUCUGGACAUUCCGGAGCGUGCUAGACUGUAG